AGCGCGCCUGCGCAGUGCAUCCAGGGGCUCGGCGGCGUUCGGUGCUGAAGUGGGGCGGAUGGCAGAAAAAACAGCGGCGAUGGACAUUUCACCGCAGGAUUCCCAUUUACGAUGUCGUUAAAUGAGCAUCGGGACAUCGCGUUCGUGAACCCAUCACCCCAGGACACUGACAGCCCGACACAAAGGGAUGCUGUACCUUCGCUGCUCCCUGCACUCUCAAGUCCAUCAAUGACCCUUUCACCGAGAUCCGAGGAAGCCUAGGCGGGGGGACGGCGAGUGAAGCAAAAGAGGAGCGGUAAAAUAAGGAAGCAAGGAGAGGAAGUAGUUGCAUUUCAUAUCCGUUCUCGUGUCCCAUUUUUGUGCGAGCCCAUCAGGGAUGGUGAGACCAGUAACCUCUCUUUCCAGCGAGCCCAACAGCCGGUCCGAUAGCCACGCAGACGCCCAGACAGUCCACAAGUCGGUCACUCCGUCAACAAGCCUGCCAUCCUCCAGCAACCUAUUACCUCACGCCAUGACUUCUCUGUCUGACCUGUUUUUAGGAACUCGCUAAUUCAUGCCCCGGAGUGUGAGUGGAGUGGAGAUGAGAAAAAGGCAGGCGGCGCACAUCGAGGCCCCACCCCAGGCCCCCGGACAGCCCCGACCCAACACCUGCUGCCUCUGCUGGUGCGGCUGCUGCAAGUGUCUCUGGAACGAAGACAGGAUUGAGAGGAGUGAACGACAGACCUGCACCAAGAUGGACAGUAUUGAAGCUGGAGAAGAACAACACCCCAGUCUAGACGAGGUGCUGUCGUGGGCACGGAGCUUUGAGAUGAUGCUGCGCUCGCUGGAGGGCCGGGAGGUCUUCCGGGAGUUCCUGCGCUCGGAGUACAGCGAGGACAACCUGCUUUUCUGGUUGGCCUGCGAGGAGCUGAAAAAGGAGACGGAUCCCACAGUGGUGGAGGAGAAGUCCAGGAUCAUAUACGAAGACUACGUGUCCAUAUUGUCACCCAAGGAGGUGAGUCUGGACUCGCGGGUCAGAGAAGGAAUAAACCAGACCCUGACGGAGCCCAGCAACCUGAUGUACGAGGAGGCCCAGUUCCAGAUCUACACCCUGAUGCACCGCGAUUCCUUCCCACGUUUCCUCAAUUCCUCCGUUUACAGAGACCUCCUGGCCAACAUGAGGCGCACCUGCCUCGACACCUAGACUCCUCCACCCUCCCUCAUCGCUAUCGUACGCCAACGAGACUACUACUUAAACUUCAAAUACUACUAUGGUGCCAGAAGUCGGGUUUGGAAAAUCUCUCCCUGUUUUUUGAUUGAAAAGACUGAAUGACAUCCAAGAUAGCUGGUUGUUUUUUUUAUUUAUAUUUUUUAAGCAAUUUAUAUCCAGUUCUCCACUGGAGCCAGGUCGGCCUUCGCUGGUUGGUUAUUGGUCAAUUUAAGACCAUUAAUGCUGGCCGGUGAUUGUUUUGCUAGCAAUUUGUGCUGUUUGUUGCGGUUGACUGGCCAACCCACUUGUCAGCUGUCGGUUGAAAUGGCCAACCUGAUGGCCAGCUGCUGGUUAACUGUGGACAAGGACUCCUCAGUCGGUGGGGACAGAGAGAGAGAGAGAGACGGAAAGGACAAGCCAACUGUUCCUGUACUGUAAUAUUUAGACCUCAUGCUUUCUUCUCUCACUUUUAAUAUUCUCUCUCUCGUACUCAUUCUUUUGUUUUUCUAAUUCUGUCCCAUUCCUCAGAUGUGUACAAUUUUGUUUUUAAUUUCUUUACUGUCCAAACAUGACACCUAGUUGGUGGUGGUAGUGGCGUCUCUGCCCCGUUUAACCAGUUAGAAGCACUGGUUCUGCAUGUAACUCUCUCUCUCUCUCUCUCUCUCUCUCUCUCUCUCUCAACAGUAGCUUGACGAUGUAAGCCGCGGACUGCAACCGUUUUUGAAUAUUGAGAUGUAUUAAGACAGGGGACCUGUCUCUCUGUCUGGAUGUCUACAUUCAGUGAAGGGAAAAAAAAACUACACUUCUGCCAAUUUUAAGCUUACUGCAGUUUUUUAUUGAGGAGAUUUGAUGGCUUCUGCAGCAAAAGGCAGCAGCACCUAUUCAUUCAUCCAUCCGUCCACCUGUCCAUCCAUCCAUCCAUCCGUCCGUCCAAGCACUUUCCUUCUUUAGGAUUCUUUAACUGGGAGAAGUAAGGGCUAGAAUUGUGGUUGGGCAGCUACAUGUAUUAUUACUACCCAUGAACUUUAGACAAAAAAUCUCUCCACUGAGAAAAUCACAAUGCCUUUACGUGUAAGAAAAUGCAGACCAAGCGCUGCUGGAGUUUUUCUGGAAGGCAACCACAGUUUGUCCAACGAUCCCUACCUCCCGUCUUUUUUCCCUCCCUCCGUCCUCCUCCCUCCAACUCAGACCAUCACAAGCACAGGUGCCCCAUGUGGGGGGGGAAACACACACCGCUGACUCCAAAUAGUCAUCUACAUUUUGAAAUUCUUGCGCAGAAAAAGAGGGUUUACCUUUUAGUGUUUUAUGAAAAGCUGGUUCUACUCGGAGAACAUAAGAAGAUGCAGCAGGCACUGAUCUAACUGAAAGGGUUAUCAAACCCUGGCUGUUGUCUGUAAGGCAUUAGCUUUAGGAAUGUAGGUAACAUGACGGUCCCUGAAGUUGGACGUGCAGUAUCACGUUGCAGCCACGUGACCCGGGUGCCAAACAUGAUGUCAAAGAUGCUGUGAAGAGAUAUCAGAUGUGACUUGUCGCCAGGCUGUAGAGUCUUGGUCUUUAUGGUGCAUGUGUGUUUCUCCAGCAGAUGGAGCUGAGAGAGUGUAUGGUAGUCCGUCAGUUAGCUACUGCCCAUUAAAAACACAAUAAUUUUUACCAGAGCUAGUGAAGAGGGUUGGUAUAAUAAUGCUAACCUGCUACCAUAAUGGGCUAGCUAGUAUGCGUAGUCAUGCUACAUGCUAGCCCGCUCAACAAGGCUAACUAGGUUUCAGCAUGCUGUAGGCAAGCAGCCAGCAUGCCUGUGCUAGCCAUGCUAAUCCUCCAUCCCACUGCCAGCCCUCACACACUCUGGUUUGUUUUUCUAAUCCGACUUUGACAGCAUGCGAUGAUAAUGGCUGUGUGUGUGUGUGUGUGUAUGGUACAGUUACACACUUAACAGAAAAAUGUAGAAAAAAAACUUUAAGGGGUUCUUGCCAAAUGUCCCAUUAACAUUUUUUUAAAAGGACAUUCGAGUUUUUGACGAUGUGAACAUUUGAACUUUGUUCCUGUGGAUAGAAAGUGCAUGAAUGCAGUAUAUGCUGUUUUGUUUAAUUAACUGGGCCUCCAAGUAUAAUCAUUGUGUAACUUGGUGGAUAGCUGACCUCUUGGUUUGGUGGCAGUAUUAAAGUGUCAAUAAAACGGUGCCACUGAUAAAUACUGAUAAAUGUAAACAUACACGUUGCCAUCUCCUUUAACUACCUGAAGUUCACGUGCCAAGUUUGGUCUAGAUUAAAUUCAAGAGUAGACGGUGCAAGAUGUCCAGCAGACUAUUGAAGUGCAAUUGGAUGUAGUUUGUGAUUAUAGGUUGGAGUCUUUUUGAAGCUGUGUCCCACUAUGUUAGAUUGGUUUUGAAUUGUCAGAAGUUUAUCUUAUAAAUUACUGACCGCAACACCUUUCAGAAUACUCAAAAUAUUGUAAUGCCACUGUUGGAGAAACUGGCUACCUCUAGUUAGCAUUUGCAAGUUUUUAGGACUUAAAUAAGAACACAGAUUAUUAAAUGUAUCUUUAAAAUCUUUACUAGAGACUCAAUGGGAAAAAAGAGUCCAUGGGAUUUUGAGUUUUCCUCCAGACGUAUAUUCACUUACAGAGUUAAAAUGCCAACUUGAUGAAGAUGCCAUGUCAAAACCAGGUUAGUAUAUUACUACAAAAGAUUGAAGUAUUGGUUAUAAAUUGGUAAAAUUGACACUGUAACGUCUAAACCAAUAAUCAACAACAGUUGCAAUGUUCCUUCGUGAAAAUAUGCUAUAUUUAAUCUUUGGCAAUACAGUGCUCGCAUCCAGACUACAUUAAUACCCAUAAGGACUCGAUUGAUAACGCUUAGCUGCUGUAAUGAAGAGCCGUGCAUGCAGGCACUCGGUUGAUCAGAAGCAUAAGAACACAGUGUAAUCAAACAAUUCUGAUACGGAAGGAUCAGUUGCCAAACGUACUCCUUGGAGCAGUUUUAGAUGUUGUAUUUGGACAACUUUGUAACUUUUUUUGACUCCGUAGAAGAACGCCUGUCACUCGUAAGGCUCUCCUGCAGACAAAUCCCUCUUCUGCACAGUACAGCUAUACGUUUCCUUGUUGCUGAGUCCACACGGUUAUUAACAUGAGAAUGUUUCACCAAGAACCAGAUAAUGAAAUCAUGGUGCAAUUAAACCAAGUUUACAUUUAUAAAUUGUGAGAUGUAUGUACCUUAUUAAAUACUCCGUGGGGAGCUAACUGUCCCUAGUGUGAGCAGAGAAGCCAGCAGGUCUCUGCCCAGUGCUGACUCCAAGAGCACUUUACAGGGUUUACAGGGAGGACGGACAGCAGAGACCCAGGUAACGGUGUUUCACAGCGAGGACAGGCGUACGUCCUUUUCCUCUUAAUUUAUUGUGACUUUUACACAGUGGGGGGAAAAAGUACAUGGUUUGUUUAUUUUUAAUAACUGCAUUUCAAAUGUAGAUUUUUUUAUAAGCAAUGAUGAUGAUGAUGUGAAGUGAUGUAGUGUCCAUCGCUGGGUUUAGAGUGUUGUCUUUAAAUUUCCAUGGGUUCCAAGUGAGGUGGUUUCUGAAACGUGGCUGUGGCUUUAUUGACGGCAAAAAGGUUGAGAGCUGAAGUGUCCUGAUGGAGGGGAGGAGGAUUGAGAAGCUUUGGCCUUACUUUCUUUGUAUAAAAAAAAAAACAACAACAAACGUCUCUGUAGGCUUUUCACUACCUCUCAUGUUGGUUAAUUUAUUUCACAUCUAGUUGUCAAUGUACAAGUUGUUUUUAGAUCUACUUGAAGCCUAACACUGUAAACAAAAAUGUGCACAGAAAAAUGACUAUGUAUAUGACCAGAGGGGUUAAAGAGAGCUUGGCCUAGUCAACAUUUAUGUUUUUGUUUGUAUGUAUGUUUGGUUUUUAAUUGUGCUGAGCUGAACUAGAUUUUGCAUCUCUAUAAAGAAUUCAGGAAUCCACUGUCUAAGGGCUAAUCCCAUUUUUGCCUAUGCAAAUCUGUUACUGUGGGUGAGUUGGGAAAGGGCAAGCUACCGUACCUUUCACUUGUUUUAGAUGGACCAUGGUUUACAAUGCCCUUUGCUGAUAUUCUUCAAUCUUAUUCAGCAAAAAUGUACGCUUAUUUUUGUUUCUAAAUAUUUAAAAUAUAUAUCUAUAUAGAGAGAGAGAUAUAUAGAUAUAUAACAAGUACUAUACAGAGAAAAAUAGUAUAUGCCUUUGUGAUGAUAAAAAAAGAAACAUUGCUGAAAACAAAUAAAUGUGUUGUCUGACAUUA